GUCCUUAUGAUUGAGAAGAGUUAUUUUUAAUAGUUCACGACUUGCCAAAAAUAUAAUUUAGUCGCCGUGGAGUUUUCGACGUAAGGAGUACUUUGUGGUUUUCCCGGCGAAAGCACGCGAUAAUUUUCCCGACAUUUCCUGGUCUUUGGAAUUUUCGGUCAGUUUAGUUUGUGAUUGAAUUUGUGGUAUUCGUUUAGAUGUCUAAGAAGCAGGGUAGUACUUUACUAGAUCGAUGGAUUGGUAGAAGAGGUGCCAUUGAAUGGCCCCCAAGAUCGCCAGAUUUAUCACCUUUGGAUUUCUUUAUGUGGGGUCAUUUAAAAAGCAAAAUCUACGCUACUCAGCCAACAUCAUUAGAAGGCCUGCGACAAAGAAUUGUGAAUGAGUGCCUUCAAAUUACUCCCCAAAUAUUGCAAAAUAUAUGGCAACGUUUUGAGCAAAAUCUUUAUUAUUGCAUGGAGAGUCAUGGUGGCCAUUUUCAACAUUUACAUGCCUAACGGAUGAAGAAAUCUUACGUGAUAGAUGUGAUAGUAAGGAGAUGCUAGAGGUACCUGCGGACGGUGCAUAAAAUUAAAAAAAAAUGCUCAUAAAAUUUUUAUGUCGUUUGUAAG